UUUCGCCUUUUGGCAGUUGCUUCGAGCAAAAUGCCCAAAACUCAAAAACAAAUUGCUGCGAAAUACAAAAAUGAGACUUGGGGCGAUAUUAUAAAAGAGCUGAGAGAAAAUUCUGAACACUGGAUGGAUACGACUUUACCAAAAGCCGAACAGCGAAGAAAUUUUGAGAAGAUGGAGGAGCUUUUGAGAAGAAGUGAUAUGUGCCGGGAGAGACAAAAGGCGAUGGUUCAAAAACUGAAAAAUCUGGAAAAACUUGUGGAGGAAGACGAAAAUGGCGCGGAAUUUUCACCGGAAGAUCAAGAGAUGCUAUCGAUGCUGAAAUUGGAUCAAAAUGCUCAUCAAGCAAUUUUGAAUCUUCGCAACUCGGAUUUGGAGGGUCUUGACCCGGAAGUUAAGGAAACAAUUAUGUAUUUCAGAAAGAUCGAGAUGGUAGACGAGAUACUCGGCAAUAUUACGGAUGAUUCUGAUAAUGACGCAAACGCCAAAAACAGCACCACUUCUGAGCCUGAAAUUGAAGAUGACACCGACUCGGAACGUGGAUCGGAAAUUUUCGAGACUGAUGAAAUGGAUGACGUCACUACUUCUCCACUUACGACGUUCUUCAUUGCUCCACUUUUCCUCGCACUUCUUCUGUACUUGGCGUCAAUCAAUUUUUCGGAACUUUUCAAUGGACUUUAUGGGAACUAAAUUCUACUUGCUGAUAUAAAUUUAAAUUACUGGAAA